AGAGGCAGAGGAGACCGUUUCACACAGUCUUCAGAAUAAGAGGCAGAGGAAACCGUUUCACACAGUCUUCAGAACCAGAGGCAGAGGAGACCGUUUCACACAGUCUUCAGAACAAGAGGCAGAGGAAACCGUUUCACACAGUCUUCAGAACAAGAGGCAGAGGAAACCGUUUCACACAGACAGUCUUCAGAACAAGAGGCAGAGGAAGCAGAGAGACGGAGAAUCACGAUGGGAAUCACAAAUAAAAUGUCUUUAUUUCUCAUUCUGCUGCUUCAGCUUACGGCAGUAACCGGAAAGCGUUUCUUCACUGUCAAAGUUGGAGAUGAAGUCACUUUUCCUUGUACCAAUGUGAUGGACCAUCAGGAUAAAUGUGAUGGUACUACUUGGCUCUACAAUGAAUCAGGAGGCACAGCAGUAGUAACGCUGGUGGACCGUGGGCAGGUUGGUGAAGAAGCCAAAGCUAAAUCAGACAGACUGAGAGUUACAGAGAAUUGUUCUCUGGGUAUAAAGAAGGUCACAGAGGAGGAUGCUGGUCAAUACUCCUGCAGACAGGUCAGAUCAGGACAACAACAAGGAGAAGACGCUCUGGUGUACCUGUCUGUUGUUAGAAUGACUGAACAUCAGGACAAUGAUGAGGUGACGUUACGCUGCUCUGUGACGACUAAUGGAUGGUGCAGACACACAGUGAAGUGGCUGUUUAAUCAUCAAGAUGUGGAUGAAUAUCAAAAAGAUAUGAAGACAUCAAAAGACUCUGUGACAUUUCUGACUUCUCAUGUUGGUUACACAUCAGGGUUUCAUUUAUUUACUUGUCAACUAACUGAUGAUUACACAGGAUACGUUUCCCUGUUUCCCUUCAGCCCUUCUUCCUCAGGUCUCUUGAGGGUCAUCGUGGUGUCUGUGGGUUUAGCAGCUCUCAUAAUGAUCGUUGUGGCGGUCAACAUAUGGACAAGAAUUAAAGAGAAGAAAACACAGAUGGAUGAAAUCAGUGUGCGUUAUGAUGUAGAUGAUGGAAUAGUGAUCUAUGAAAACAUCUGACCUCCUGAUGGAGUUUGAGCAACACUUCUGCCUCCAUCAGACUCCACUGAUCAACAACGUCUACAUCCAUCACCGUGUUUCACAUCAGGAAGACUUUAAGAUCAUUUUGAGUUACUCAUUGUUCUGUUCUAAGUUACAUUUAUUUAGCUUGGUUUUAACUUCCUUUAGCAGGAAAGAGCAUUUCUCCUUUUUCUUUUGUUACUUCCUCAUAUGGCCUGACGAGUUCAGAGCUCAUUUAAAUAUGUACUGAUUGUUUUUGAAGAUACAGCAGCUUGAGGUCAGUAUUUUAUCUCUGUGUGCACGAGAAUCAUUUGAACCUCCUUUCAUUUAGCUGUGCUGUGUUGGGAUGUGUUUGAGGGGUCUUCACCCUUAAUGAAGUCAGUAACAGUCCUUUCUUUAUAACAUGUGAUGACCAUAUCAUCUGCAAAUAAAUACAUGUUUAUCUUAGUCUUA